AUGCCGGCCGCCGUGAGCCUCAAGCGAGCAGCUCCCACCUCGACUGCCAAGGGCAAGGCCCGUGCCGCUCCUCCUGCGCCGCGCAAGCGCGUCAAGCUCACCGCCUCCAUCAAGCGCUCGAAUCGACCUGGGCUUGACGCCUCGGGCAGCAGCUCGAGCUCCGAGGCGAGUGCCGCCGAGGGCGACGACCCGGCCGACGAGCGCGCCGCCAUGCUCGCCGCCCUCGCUGCGCACCAGGCGAGCUUCUUGAGCGAGGCGCUCCCGAUGGCGAGCACGAGUGCGCUCGGCGCCGAGCCGGUGCGCGCGGUCAAGGAGGCCAAGAGCGUGUGGGAGAUGGACGAUGCCGACUUCGACGACAACGACGACGACGACGACGACGACGAGAGCGAGGAGGACGAGGACGAGGCGGACGAGGAGCUGGUUGAAGCGUACGAGCAGACGAGCGGCACCAAGCAGCCGGCCGUCGUCGCCUUUGUCGAGCCCGGUCGAGGCGAAGCCGUCUCGGCCUUUGCCGCACCCUCGGCUCCGCACAACAAGCGCGAGCUGCGCGACUUCAAGGCCGGCAAGGUCAAGAACGUGCAUGCCCGACCGUCGAUCGCCGACCAGCACAACGUCAAGUACGUCGGCGGCAAGGCCAAGAAGAAGGGCGCGGCGGCGACGGCGGUCGGAGGCAAGCCGCUCUCGCAGGAGGAGCAGCAGGCCGACGCGGCCGAGGAAUCGCACCUCACCAAGCUCGACUCGCACCUCGCGUCGCUCGUCAAGCCUCUCACGUCGGGCUCGAACGCGUCGCUCCCGGACCUCCUGCGCGAGCUCCCGCUCGCGCCGACCAAGACGCUCAAGGGCCACACGCCGCUGCCCAAGAAUGCGCCGCGCCUGCUGCGCAAGGGCCAGAACGCGGCCAACCUCAAGCGGGCCCAGCUGCGCGACGAGGCGGCCGGCCACGGCACGGGCGCCAAGAAGGCCGCCGGCGGGCAGGGGCGAGAGGCGCUCAGCCUCAAGGAGAAGCGCAAGGCCGAGGGGACCGACAAGCGCCAGAGGGGCCUGGGCGCGAGCGCGGGCAAGUUUGGGCGGGGCCAGCUCAGCUUGAGCAAGAAGGAGAUCAUGAGCAUCAACGGGCCGGGCGGCAAGUAGGCUCUCUCGUCUCUCGUGCAACGUCGAGCUCUCUGCGAUGCACUG